GUGAAUGAUCGUAAAGAAGACGAAAUAUUGGUCAGCAGCCAGCGCUCUCGGCUCUCUCGGGACAAAAGUGUUAGACUUUUUUCCUCAAAACUCGUGCGUGUUUUUUCGUGUGCGUCAGCUGACGUAUAGAUUCGCGAGUGAAACUUCUCAACAAUUUUGAGACAAUGUCUUUCCUCGGAGGGAAAAUUGCCUCGAUCAUGGAAAGGCCCGGAGAAGAUCCUGCCUCUAAAGACGAUGUGCCCUGGUGGAUGAAAUACGCUGGAAGAGGCCUUGGCACCGUUGGGAGUUUCAUUGCCAUAUUCCUGGGAGCCUGGAACUGUAUUGGUGUUCUUGUCGGUUCGAUUGACUGUUUUCUGAGUGGAAUGUGGCAAAUGGUCAGUGCUUUUUUGGUCGUCAUUAUCGAAGCUCCUUGCUGCUGCAUGUUCCUUGACUUUGUACAAAGUCUGAGCGAUUGGGCUGAGCACAGGCCCUACUGGAACAGAGCUGCCGCUUACUGCGGACUCGCUCUGCCUGCGAUUAUCCUCUGCCCAGGAUUGAGCAGUAUUUUUGGUAGUGGAAUGAUUUUUGGAACCGGUGUUAUCUACGGUAUGAUGUCCUUGGGCAAAAAGGCCCCGUUGGAUGCAAUGAGAUCCGCAGCAGCGAUGGAAGCAUCGUCGGUCGAUGGUAAAUCGGGAAUGCAUUCGAACCUCGUGGACGGCGCUCAGCCAAUAGGACUCACCGAUAAACCUGAUAGCAACGUCUGACCUUCGUUCCUGAAUAAUUUGACGAGAAAAAUGAGGAGAAGAAAAAUCCUGCGUUUAUCAGCGUCGAAAGAUUUUUUCUGUUUUUUUUUUUUUAUCUUUCGAAAAGUGUGUAAAAAAAUUCAUGGGCGUUGUAUGAAUUUUUUUUAACAGUGGCGUGUAUCGAAAGAACAUUGUCAUGCUUGACUCCGAUAACGAUUAACGAGUGGCCAAUGAUAAGGCGGUUAGUUUUUUUUGUCCCUCGAUUCGUUGCCCGGGAGCGUGCGUAUGUCAGACUCCAUUUAUCUUCCUUCGUUCUUCCUUUUUAUUAUCAUUAGUUUCCGAUAAACACGCAUAUUUUGUUUUUCUCCUAGCGCCCUCGUGUGGGUGCUCUAGUCAUCCUCGCGUCUUCGUGGUCAAUAAUGAAUAUUUCAAGAAAGUUAUUAACAAUGGUUUUUCCCAGAGUGUGAUUUCGAGGGACGAAAGAAAGUACUAACGUUUGAACUUCUGUGAAAAUAUCCAAUGGAUAUCGUAAUUACAGUCAUUCCCAUUGUCAAUUUAUUUGUCUUCGGAGAUUUUGGAUUGAGGCAAAAAAAAUCAGUCCCAAAUUAUUCGUAUUUUCAAUCGAAAAUUAUGAGAAUAACCAAGGAAAAGUUUUUGUAAUCAUUGAUCAUGCUUCUCGAGUAAAGUACCAUUUCCUCAAUCCAUUAUUUCCGAAAGCCUCGAUCAGAAUCCCACGAUUUUGAGGAUUCGAGAGGGAUGCAAAGAAAAACAAGCCAAAGGCUCAAUUUUGAAGAAAAGAAAUCUCGGAUGAUCUCCACGACGAGUUUUUGUCCUAUUGACUAGUAUCACAAUUUUUCUUACUUUUAUUCUUUCGCUCGUCGUUAUUUCCGAAUUCAUCAUAUAUUUAUACGCGCACGCUUGUUAGAGAGAAAUUUUAAAUCGUUGGUUCAAAUCUUCCUGUGCAUUCCCCCACCUCCAUUGUUUUUUCUCGAUUCGCGUUAUUUUUACCAAUUGCGGGCCUGUUCCAUCUUUUAGCGUACGACAUAAUUUAUUAAGAACAAGAGACUCUGAUCGUUAAAAAUUCUUUUCGGGCAAUUUAAAAAAUUCCAUUGCUCCCUUCCCCUUUUUUACUUCGUUUUCUUGUCUUUUUUAAAGAAGCUUCCGAGCCUCCAGUUUACAAAGGAAUUUUUAAACCGUUCAUUUAAUUUAUAAGCAACAUUUUCCAUUUCCUCAAUUUUUUGUACCUCGCUGUUUGUUUUUUUUUCCCCCGUACUCGCGCCUUGUUUCUCAAGCUUGAUGUUUGGCACGCUUGAAAUGCGAUCCAUUAGCUCGCAACGUUUUAAUAAGCGUGCGAACGAGUCUCUGGAAAGCGUGCGGACAUAAAUUUCGUUAAUUGCCAAUUGAAAACGUGCGGAGAGUUUCGUUUUGCGAAAACUUUACAUUGGCCUUGAUUCGUCGAUUCAAGGCCCCUUCAAAUUUUAUAAAACAUCGUGACACUCAGAGAUUUGCAUUUUUUGGGCUGUUUGUGAAAUUGAUCGUUGAAAGCAAUAAGAAAAGAAAAAAAAUAAAAAAACAAAUAUUGUAAAGUGAAAAAGGCCUCGUGUGAGAUAAAAGUAACGAGAUUUUUUCUUGAUCUCAGAAAAAAAGUAAAACAAUAUAUCUUUACACUUCACCCACUGCAUAAUCGAGGUACAAAAAUUGUAUUCGCAAACACAUACACACACAAACAUACAGACAUCGUCAUCGAAUCGUAUCGAAUCGAGAAGUUAGAAAAAGGAAAAAAAAUAAGACGAAACAAAACGUGAAAAAAGACACAGACGCACUAUCGAUGUACUAGAGAAAAAAAUAAUCGUAUAGUUGGUUAUCGUAAGAUAGAAAUGAUAAAUUAUUCAUUAAAGGAAAGAUUGAUUGAUCGAUUAGUUAAGAUAGCUGAAGCAUAUCGUUGCAAACGCCUGAGAUUUUCACGGAUCCAUGUGCAGUCCUAUAGUCGAAAACACGGAAAAUAAUAACAAUAAUAAAUAUCGUAUAGUUCGCUUGCGAAUUAGAAUAUUAUCGUCCUCCGUAUUCGCUUCUAUUGACGUGUUAAAUGAGCCAUUUCGUUUUCACGAAAAAGCGAGUAAAACAUCGAAACCGUGCUUCAAAAUGAAAUGGAACGUAACAAUAAAUAUAAAGAAUGAAAAGAAAAAAAAAAUUGCGUACAUACAUCUGAGAUUCGUAGAUGCCGAAAAAAGGAAAUUUCGUCUUCGAUGUCGUAUAUUUGUUUCUUGGAUCCAAAGAAAAUCAUCGAGCGUUUAUGAAUUUUCGUGAAAUGGUAUAUAAUUGUUCAUUAUUCGAUAUAAAUCUCGAUGAAUCCAUGGAGUUCACGCAUUUCUUGCGUACAUAUUGUAAACAAAGUUGUAAACAAUGAUGUAUAUUAAAGUGAUGCGAAUGAGUUAA